UCCCCUUUACAGCACAAAAUGGCGCUGACGUGUGUCCGGCAUUUCAAAGUGUUUCCCUCUUUUGGGACCUUUCACCCGUUUCAUGUCCGAUACUGCUCAGGGGGAAAGAAUUCCUCACGGCAGUGUCGGCAACAAUUCCUUUCUGGUGUCAGAAUUAUUGACUUAACGAGAAUCCUGGCUGGUCCUUACUGUACAAUGAUUCUGGCAGAUAUGGGAGCAGAAGUAAUUAAAGUGGAGAGACCAGGUUGUGGAGAUGACACAAGGACAUGGGGUCCACCAUUUCGAAGUUCAGAGAGUACCUACUUCCUCUCGGUCAACCGGAAUAAAAAGAGUAUUGCUGUUGAUAUAAAGACACCUGAAGGCAAAGAUUUAAUCAGAAAGCUUGCCCAGACCAGUGAUGUGUUGGUGGAGAAUUACUUGCCUGGGAAACUAACUGAAAUGGGUCUUGGUUAUUCAGAAAUGGCUAAGAUUGCCCCACACCUGAUAUAUUGUUCCAUUACAGGUUAUGGCCAGUCCGGUCCAUAUGCCAAGAGACCAGGUUAUGAUAUUAUCGUGGCUGGAAUUGGUGGUUUAAUAAAUGCCACAGGACCAAAGGAUGGAGAACCAUGUAAAGUUGGUGUGGCCAUGACAGAUUUAGCAACUGGACUCUAUGCGCAUGGUGCCAUUUUAGCUGCUCUUCUCACUCGACAGAAAACAGGAAAAGGACAAUUUAUUGAUUGUAACUUACUCUCCACCCAGGUGGCCUCACUGGUCAAUCUUGCUUCCAACUAUCUGAAUGCUGGCUUAGACGCCACCCGACAUGGGACAGCACAUCAGAGUAUUGUACCUUACCAAGCAUUUUCAACAUCUGAUGGUUAUUUACUGGUCGGGGCUAACAACGAUAAUCAGUUCAAGGCUCUGUGUAAGGUUCUACAAGCUGAAGAUCUGUACCAAGAUGACAGAUUCAAAAGCAACCAGAAAAGAGUCCUUAAUCGAGACGUUCUUAUCAAAAGACUUUCAGAAAUUUUUGGUGAGAAAACAACUGACUUUUGGUUGGAGAAGAUGGAAGGAUGUAAUUUUUCUUAUGGUCCAAUAAAUAAUCUGAAGCAAGUGUUUAAUGACCAGCAGGUGAAGGCUUGUGGAUUAAUUCAGGAAAUUGAUCAUCCAACUAUUGGCAAAGUUCGUUUGCCUGCCCCAGCGGUGGAGUACAGUUGUGAUGAAGGCCGAGUUGACCAGCCGACAGCGCCUCCUCUUUUAGGACAACAUACAAGAGAGAUCCUGCAAGAUAUUUUAAGUUUAAGCCAUGAAGAUAUCAAGAGUUUAUUAUCCAAAGGGAUUGUGGAAUGUGCUGCAUUGUCAGAUAAAUAACAUUUAGAGAUUAAGCUAAAUCUUAACAUACAGGUUGUAGGGGGGGGGGUGGCAGGUGGGGGAGGAGCUCGUUAACAAGUUUUAGAAUCUUGUUUUACCUGUAUGGAGAGAUUUUGACUGACAUCUUUGAAUAUAGAACAGUGAUAUCAUCCAUUCUUGUAACCUUGUCAUAUACAGGUAUAGAUCUGGCCCCUUUGCUUAGGUCUUUUGAAAAUCCCGGAUCUUUUGGGGUUUGUAAAUAAGAUUUAUAUGUUAUAUGAUUCCAAUUUGUUACUGAAAUAUUUACCUACAGCUUUAACAAUCUGACCCUGCUUUGAUUUUUGCCUGGAUUUCUGCUGUUUGUUCUUCACUUUCUUUCCAUUAUUAAAAGCAACAUUCGUAGAUCAGGAAGAAACAAUGUUAUAAAAUGUGUUUAUUUUUUUAUU